AUGGACGAAGAGAGGGAGAAUGUGCCUGACCGCGACAUAAUGAACGAGUACGGCUUAGGUCGGUUAGCCAGCUAUGACAGACCAGAGCUGCUUGAGGAAGAUGUCAAGCCGGACUACCUGACGCGUAACAAGAGCGAGAGGCUACGUUUGCAAGGCCUUUUGCUGAGCAAGAUGUCUCGACCGCCAUCGCGUCUCGAUGUCGACGAGCGAGUGCUCGACGCGCCCGUUACCCGCGGGGAAGCUUUCGCACUCUGGAUGGUCAACGAAGGCCGUCGGAGAAUCUUCUUCGGUGUCUUCCUCAUCGUCCAAACCCUUGUCUUUGUGCUCGGUUUCGUCAAUUAUGCCUACAGCGACAAUUUCGACAAUGCGCGUGCGACGUUUCAUAUCACUUAUCCGAUCGCACGGGCAGCAGCACUUACGCUCCAUUUUGAUUUGGCUCUCAUCCUUCUGCCUGUCUGUCGCAACAUGAUAUCCUUCCUGCGCAACACACCAUUAGGAGCUGUCAUCCCUUUUGAUAGCAAUAUCACCUUCCACAAGGCUGUAGCAUGGAGCAUGGUUUUCUUCACGGCUGUCCAUGUUACAGCUCAUAUGGUCAACUUCGCCCAGCUCGGCAUUGCCUCUGGCACGAAUGUCGUCGGUUUCCUCGGCGCCAAUUUCGCCACGGGUCCAGGCAUUACAGGCUGGAUCAUGACCCUUGCUUUGGCUGUGAUGGUCUGGACAGCGAUCGAAAAGAACCGACGAGCCAACUUUGAACGGUUCUGGUAUGCUCAUCACCUGGGCUUAGUCUUCUUUCUCAUGUGGAGCAUCCAUGGCAUGUUCUGUAUGAUCCAGCCCGAUCGUCCUCCGUAUUGCUCAGCAAGCUCUAUCGGCAUCUUUUGGCGCUACUGGCUCGUCGGAGGCACGAUUUAUUCCUACGAGCGUAUCCUGCGAGAGCUCAGAUCUCGCCACAAGACAUACAUCACGAAAGUCAUCCAGCAUCCGUCUAAUGUCGUCGAGAUUCAAUUCCAACGCGAAGGUGCAGUCUCUCGGCCGGGACAGUACAUCUUCCUCAACUGUCCUGCCAUCUCGCUAUGGCAAUGGCAUCCUUUCACGCUCACUUCUGCACCCGAGCAUGGCUAUCUGAGCGUCCACAUCAGAAUGGUGGGCGACUUCACCCGCGCACUGGGCGAGGCUCUCGGCUGCGAUCUUGAAGGAGACAAGGGCGGAGCUGCAAAGGCAGGCAGUCAGGAGAUCCAGGUCACGAACAAGCAAGUUCUGCCCCGCAUCAUGAUUGACGGGCCGUUCGGCUCAAGCUCGGAAGACUACCGGAAAUUCGACACCGUAGUGCUCGUAGGAGCUGGCAUUGGCAUUACACCAUUUGCAAGCAUUUUGUCCUCAAUCUGGUAUCAGAAGAACGAAGCUCGUCGCCGCGGCAAGAAGACUCGUCUGACCAAAGUCUACUUCUUCUGGAUCUGUCGGGACACAACGACGCUGAGCUGGUUUCAGAACUUGCUCUCCGCUAUCGAAGAUCAAGACGACGAGGGAUACGUCGAAAUCCACACUUAUGUCACCCAGCGACUGAAAGAGGCAGAACUCAAUAAUCUGAUGAUUGCUGACGUCGGAUCCGAACGAGACUCAAUCACUGGGCUCAAAGCGCCGACGCAUUUUGGCAGACCGAAUUGGUCGGCCAUCUUUCAGUCGCUGCAACAUCGACAUCCGAGUACAGAGGUCGGCGUCUUCUUCUGCGGCCCGAAGCCGCUUGGCUCUGCGCUCCAUUUGCUUGGCAACUUUGCUUGCUCAGAUACCAUCAUGGACAAGCUAAGGAAGAGAUCUUGGCUCAGACCGGUCAAGAGCAAGAAUGCACUUCAGGGAGCAACGGAUGCCGUCUCAACGGCCAGCCAGAUCAGCGUCGAAGUUUCGCAUCAGCAGACAUCUGCCCGGGAACGCAGUUGGCCCUCACUUUCGAUCAGGGCAACUCUCGAUAGCCGGUUCAUGUCUUCACGGGCCUCGUCCAUUCCACAAGCCACGAGUCCAAGCUAUAUGGGGAGUGAUGCUCACUCGUUGUCAACCCUGACUUCUUCUUGCCGACCGGAACCUCGCUACCUCGUGGCUGGCGAGAUUCCUCGGCCGACGCUCGUGAUCGAGGACGUGCAGCUGUUUGACGUUUGCAAUGCCAGCCCGGCAUACGACGACGCCCGGGAAGAUCAAGACAGCGUCGCGUCGCCGGCGUCGGUUUUGGGCAGACAGAGCACCGUCUGUUUACGUCGCAUGGGGAUCGACACAGACGCAGAGAGCGGAGCUGAUCCCGAUCUCAAGCGCUUCUCAUUCCCUUUACCUGCCUCGACUUCUGUUGGCUCGAGGGCGAGCCUGGUGAAGGAGCCGGCCGGAUCCCGAGUACUGACGCCGGCAAGUAGCCCGGCGGUCGCAUCGCCAUCCUCUCGUUCGCCACAGUCUCGAUCGCCAACGGGAUAUGGUCCAAGCUCUGCUCUAGCAAGGAGGCCAUCUACGUCUGCCGCUCUCUCGCUCAUGCCAAAGCACCCUACGACGGAAUAUCUCGCCGAUCAGCUGAACUCGAAGCAAGAGUAUGCUAGCUCAGAAUCAGCUAUGACAGAGCCUCGGAGACCUUCUUCGCCCGCGCCACUGGGUAGAGCUGACCAAGUGCUCAUUCCCGCACGUAGAGACUCUGUCGAUUCUGCAGAGGAAGCCUUGCGUGACCUCAAUCUCACUUCGACCGACGAGACUGUCUCUAGACCUGUUGCGUUCUCAUACGGCCCGACGAGGCCCGUCAGGACCAAGCAAUCGCCCGACCUUUCGACGCAGUGGCGCAGAGUCGACGAGCUUACGGCUGCUCGAUCGAGCGAUCCCAGCAAGUCGCCGCAAAAGCCAUCAGGUCGAGAGCACACGCUCAGAUCACCCGCUUCAGCCGAUAACAUAGUUCAGAUCCAUCGAGAUCCGGCUCUGGCAUCUAGCGGUAACAGGCUGAGCAAGUCAGGCGUGAGCAUCAACAGCACCAGCACCGAGUCGCUCAGCAUGUGGCCGAGAACCGACAGCUUUCCAGCGACGCUGCAUCGAGAGGCGAUGCACGAUAGAUCUGAUCUGCCUGCCAAUAUGCCCGAAUGGUCACGCCUUCAAGCUGACGAGCCUACUUCCUACCCGAACAAUAAGAUCGUGCGAGAUCUCGACUUUGCCAUGCGCAAAUUACUCUCUGAAGCCGUCUUCAAAGACUUCCUCGAAGAUCCGCUCGCUCGAUGGCGUUUUCGAGAGUACCUCAAGACGACGCGGGGUGAUCCGCCUUAUCUGCUUGACUGCUGGUGGGAUGCCGAGCUUUUUGCCCGCCAAUUCCGCGCACUUCGCCAGGGCGCCCAUGACUUUGGACAGCUAUACCUUCAGCCUACGGUAGCAAUCAGCGACAAAGUUGGCGUAAGCUCCGACAAGAUGAGUGAUGCCUCGCUAGUCCUCGACUCCAUCGCCACUGCUUCCAACCCAGUAGCUCGCAUACAAGAUGAUAUGCUCCGCACGAUGUUCAAGACUGACUUCCAAUCUUUCGUCAAGACGCGACUAGUCGAGCAAGCUCGCGUCAAGCUUGGAUCUUUUACCCUUCGCGACAAAGAAAAGGGCCAGGGACUCGGCGACUGUUUCGUCAUCACCAACCCGAGGCAGAGAGAUCAUCCCAUUAUCGGCGCAAGUGAUGCUUUCGUCGAGCUGACCGGCUACUCCCGUCAGGCGAUCUGCAGCCGCAACUGUCGGUUCUUACAAGGCCCGAGUACAUCGCGCGAAGCAGUUGCGCGGAUCCGAGUCGCACUUAACACCGGUCAGGCCUGCACCGAGCUGCUCCUCAAUUACCGUCAGAACGGACAGCCCUUUUUCAAUCUACUGUGCAUCUUCCCCUUGCGCGACACAGAUGGCAGCGUUUCGUACUAUUGCGGCGGCCAGAUCAACGUAUCUGGGCCGUUGAAGUCAUCGAAAAGUCUCAGAUUUCUGGUCGGAAUCGAAGACGAAGAGCCGAAUGGGGCAGGCAGUGAAGUCGAGCCUUCGCCGACGAUGUCACAAUAUCUCACACACAAGCGGUCUAAUCUCGAGAGUCCGGCACAGUGUAAUCCCCUCUUCCCGUCUGCAGCCGGCUAUCAACCUUCGAGCGCCGAGCUCUCGCGCCACACUUCGGCUCGUUCGGCCAUCGUACUCGACAGUCUCGCAAAUGGCAAAGAGCCACAGCAGACGCCCGGACCAGGUGCAGAGCAGCAGUUCCGCGUCAAAGAAGCCAAAGGUAUUGACGAAGCAUCGCGCGAAUUCGAGAGCGUUUAUUCGAAGGCGAUCUUCCUCGAGCCUCACCGCUGCAAGAUCCUCUUUGCCACUGAGCCUUUUCUGGAGUAUCUAGGUUUGCCGACAAGCACAGCGAAAGAACGAUUCAAUUCGGCGGUACUGCGCCAAGAUCUCACCGAUUUGCUCCAUUCGCCAAAGCCAGAAGGCACGAAGCGAUUGCGCGAUCAAGUCAGAGCAGCGAUUGCAGAAGGUCAAGCAUUCAGCGUCUUGACAGAUAUCAAGAUCAGCUCGACGAGCUUAUCGCAUAUCAUCCCGCGCAAGAAGACCUUGGCCCGACAGAGAGGUGAGUGCAAUACAUUUGAGGCUGAAGUAGCUGACGGGGGAAGACAGGCAUGCGUGCGUGCCAUCUUUGCACCAAAGUGUACGCUGACAAGCUGGGCAGUACAUGCAACGCCCAUCAAGGACACUUCUGGCUCUAUCUUUGCCUUUGUUGCGCUCUUUGGUACAGACUGA